GGGGCUGGGCUUGCGGAGACUUUCGGAGUUUGUGAGAGAGUUGAAAGAAAGAAGAAAGAGACGUAACUGAAGCUAGCUCGCAGGCUAGCUUAAUGUCCUCCCGUGUCGCAGAUGUGUCGAAAGCCACGGGAAAGGACGGAAUGUGGGGGGUUGGAUAUAUAAAACAGGGAAUGGGCUUGUUUGUAAGUAACGCGGUUAUUGGACCGAUCGGUUCGGUGACAGUGGAGGCAGCGUUGACCGAGACCCGGCUGCCUUGUGUAGGAGUGAACAACCAGAGCUACUUCUGUGAUUCGGGCCACUGCUGUGGAGAAUCUCAGUGUUGCAGCUAUUACUACGAGGUGUGGUGGUUUUGGUUGGUCCUGACUCUCAUCGUCAUUGUGGGCUGCUGCUGUUUGUGCCACCAUCGUCGAGCCAAACACAGACUACAACAACAGCAGCGGCAGCAUGAGAUCAACCUCAUCGCUUAUAGAGAAGCCCAUAAUUACUCCUCUCUACCCUUCUAUUUCAGGUUCCUGCCUGGUUACCUCUUACCAGCUUAUGAGGAAGUUGAGAACAGACCACCGACGCCCCCACCUCCAUACAGUCCCUCUCAUCCAGGCCAGUCCACCAGCAUUGACCCAAUGUGCUCUGAACAACCAGAAGAGCUCUGCCCUCCACUGCAGUCUAGCCCCGUCGUCCCGUCUGCAUCUGAGAACUGUUCCCCGGGACCCUGUGUAGAGCAGCCACAUACUCCCACUGCACACCGACCUUUCAGAAGCACCUACAAACCACAGUACCUCAGCCGAGAAGAGGACGAGCAGCCCCAGGAGGUGGAGUGUGCUACCUCACACAGCCCCAUCAAACAGGGCAGCUCCGGUGAGGAUCUGACUGAACCCGUAGAAGACUGUUCUCCCGACAGCAAAGACAAGACUCCAGGACGCCACCGGCGCUUCACAGGUGACUCUGGGAUUGAGGUAUGCGUUUGCAACCAGGGGCCCGGGGAUGGAGAGGAAGAGGAGGAGAUGAAAGAGCUUGUAGGGCACAUGGAUGGAGGGGCGCUUGAGGAGCAGGACUUCUGUGAAAGCUGCAACCUCCAUGGAAGCAGCCCUCCUCGUGGUCCAGGGGAUGAGGAACAGGGCCUGGCUGCCUCAGACAUGCCUCUAGAGCACAGAGAGCAUCAGCGACCUCCAGUCUGCCUCCAUCUGCACACCAUCAACGAACAGGAUGGUCCGCAUCACGCCAGCAACACAGACCCCCAGAGUUGAGCACAACCGGUUCCAGCAGAGACUUACUUUAGACUGCUGUCCCCCUUUACGUUCUUGAGAUACAUCAGUUUGUACUGUCAGCAAUGCCACUUUGGUUGUACUUUGAGUGUGUGAGAGGGAGGGAGGGAGAGAGAGAGUUUUAGAAGGGUGUUAAUGUGUAAUGAGUCCUCAAGGUUUUAUGGAUUAAUAGGGUAAUCUAGUAAAGUCUGUUGCCUCACAGAGAGAUCAUAAUCAAAGCCAAAGGGGAAAUUCUCCUUAGUUUAUAGCCUUAUUGAGCUCUGGGUGACAUGCCUGUAGAUUUGGAAGCUUAUGUUGCUUUUUGGGGGAUGAUUUCCUCCUACUGAGAUGAAGAUUGCACACAAGGUCAGGGGAUAUUGAUUUGUGCUGGCUUUUGCUCCUGAGUUCUUACCUGUAAUGUCAUUUAAAAAUACUUAAAGGGACAGUUCACCCAAAAAUGAAAGAUCCGUCUUUUAGUCUCUCUUGAGGAAUUCCAAAUACACAAGACGUUUGUUCAUGUUUAAACGCAAAUGAAGAUAUUUUUAAUAAAAAGAGUAUAUUCCACUAAAAGUGGGUGCUUUAAAAAGAUUGUAAAAUAAAUCCAUAUGCACAUGCAUAGAGCACAUCAAAUAUGGUCCAUAAAGAAUGAAACGCAUGAUGCGUGAGAACUAGUGAAGUUCAAGCAAGUACAGUUGAAAUUAUUCUUCCAUGGUUCUUGUUAAAUAUGAAUAAAAGCUUGAAUCAAAUUAAUUAUAUAAGCCAAUUACGUCUCUUCAGAAGACUUUGAUUAAACCACUUGAUUCAUAUGGAUUCAUUUAUGAUCUUUUUAUGAACUUUUUGAAGCAUCAAUAUUCAUGUGGAAGGAGGUACAGAAAUAUUGCAGGUUUGAUUAAAAGUAAUUGAUAACAUAAUUUUCAGUUUUUGGUGGAUUAUCCAUUUAAGAUUAUAAUGUGCAUGUUAAAAAAUGGAAAAGACAGCCACAGAGCAGUCUGUUAAAACUUCAGAGCUUUAAUAUUCACUUGUUGUUUCUUGUUUUUCUUUCUUGUCUUUUUUCUGAAAAUGUUUGAUCUGGAGUAUCUGCAUGAUGCUAUUCAGAACAAUGAAGGAAAGCAAUUAUCUCAAAUAUAUAUUUUUUGUAUCAAUAAGUGAAUGUGCUCCCCUACCUAGCAGAGUAUGGUUGCCAUUUUGUUUAUUUUGUCUCAUCAUUGUAAACAUGGUCUUAGGCUUUAUCCAAUGUUUUGCAUGAUUAUUUGCUUAAACUGAAUACAUUCACAUGCUAUAUACUAGUACGUUUUGAACUCCAUUAUGCAAAUACUCUUCAAAUGAAGGCUGAAAAUGCCUUAGUAUAUAGAUUGAACCCAGCUUGUACAUUUACACUCGGUGCCUUUGUUGAUUUAGGUAGUUUUCAUAUGCCUUAGAGAAGAGUGUGUCUCGUAGUUUUGAUUUCUGCAUAAAAUAAGGGCCAGUAUGAGUGAAGAUUUUGCUCAGUGGUAACGUCUUGUUUGAAAGGAUAACUUGAUAAGCCUUCCAUCAAAACCUAUCAUUUAAAUAUGUUUUUUGCCUUAAUUUAAUUUCUAUAUUCUCCCAUAGAGCUUUUAAGUUGUUUUUGUAUCUUAACACUGUAAGGGAACUCUUGCACCACUAACAUUAACUUAUGUAAAGGCCUUAUUAAAUAUUUGAAUGUGCGUUUUGUUGUAGCAGACCAGGUAAGGUUACUGUCUUGUUAGUGUAGCACUUAAGUCGGGUUCAUGAUGAGAUUGAGAUUUAGUGUUUCUGUGGCAGUGAGACUGAAAGCUGCUCCACUACACUUCACUUCCUUACUGUGUGUGUGUGUGUCAUUGUAGGAUGCUUUGAGUUGAUCGUUCUUCAGGCCACUGUGUUUCUUUGACCUUUGGUUUAGAUUAGCAGUUGUAGGCGUCCUUUAACAGAGUCUUAGCUUUGGCACAGAUGGAUCUUCAGAUCAGAGUGUUCCUUUGUAAAUGGUAGCUAAUUUUCUAUCAGAAGUGAUGUGGCCGGUAAAUUAAGUUCCUAGUGUGUUGGCUGGAAGAAAAAAAAAACGGUUCGGGAGGUAGUUUUCAACAUUUACGUGGUGCCUUCAGAAAUAUUUUUGUAGCAGUAUUGUUUGGCAAAAUCUAAAAUUGAGGAUUCUGAAUGUUUGGACCAGUUAUAGCAUCAUAGCAUCAAAAUUAUUUGACCGAUUAAGUGAAGCUUGAAGCUACGAAGUCAACUAUGUUUCUGUAGUUCUAGUCGCCAUUGCUUUCUAUCGUCUUUUGAUGUUUGAGACCAAAGGUAUUGAUUAAAAGUGGAAAUCUGUGUCACUGUUUUGGGUAGCUCACUGUGAAUGAGAUGUUCAUUUGUUUUGCCUAAAAAAGUUGUCAUUGCACUGUUUUGACACUGAGCAGUGUGUGUGUGUGUGUGUGUGUGUGUGUGCGCGCGCGCUUGAUGGUGACAAAGGCUUUGCAAGCCAACUGCUUUUUUUUCUCUCUCUUAAUCUUUGAUUCAAGCCUGGUACUAUGUUUUAGCUUUGUAUCCAUAGUCACUUUCUUUUUAUAUAUGAAACUGUCUUUUCCGCAUUUUAUAAGAAGACUCAACCAAAUUAAAGAGUAUCAAAGAUGUUCCAUAUGAAUAAAAAAAGCUUUGAAAGCC